GAUCUCCAAUUUCAGCCUCUUCAAACUUCUGUCGUUCUCAUCCACCCUAUCACGUAGUAGUGUUUCAAUCAUUUCUCAAUACCUGCGCGUUUUCCAAGAGGGGUUUAUUUUAUUCUAUUCAAAUCACUUUGAUACAGGAGAGAGAGUCUUGAAUUAUUCAACCAAGCAAAAAAACUAUAAUAAAGGAGGGGCUUCAAGUGUAGCGCCCUGCUAAAUCGACCAAAGAUUCGCUUUGCCCAACCUAAACACUUUCUUACUCGACGUCCAUCCAAUAUCGAAUCGCCCUUUAGAUUCUAUGCAUGUCUAUGGUCAUUAUUGGCCCCAUGAGAAUUCUAUAGUCCGGUAUAAACAGGCGGGCUUGUUUUGCUCUGAUGCCUAAUAUGGCAUCCCGCUAUUCCGGAUCGCGGUAUGAUGGCGAUUCGCGCCGCUCUCGGUCUCGAGAUCGCUCACCAGAUCGGAGGUCGUUGUAUAGUGACAGCGGCCCCCGCCGUUCUUCUGCUGAGUCUCGAUCGAAUAGCUCAGCCUUUCCGAAUAACCGGGAUUCAUUUCGCGACGCUCUGCCAAGAGAUCCCCCGAGGGGUCCCAAAGCCCUACUAGAUGCGCCUAGUGGACCUCGCGGAGGUGGUUAUUCCGGAGACUAUCGCGGUAGAGGCCGUGGAAGAGGUAGGGGCUGGCGAGAUGAUAGUCGAGACCGUGGAAGGGAUCGCGAUAUCGACUUUAGAGAUCGUCGGGAUAACUCAUAUCGGGACGAGCGUAGCCGGGAGCGAGACCGCGGAGACUGGCGAGACCGCGACCGCGACAGUUUUCGAGGACGACGCCCAUCACCACGUGGAAGAUCGCCUCUAGGAAGAGAUUUCCGGGAUUCCAGAGAUUUGAGAGACGCCCCAUUAGGUGUUGACGCGGAGCGAGCCCGACGAGGAUCGAGAGAUGGCCCACUUUCCGCAGGAUCUUCUUCGUCUGACCCUCCUUUCGGACCUUCAUCAUAUCGCGGCGGUUACAAUGGCCGGGGCCGCGGUCGAGGCCGUGGAGAUUGGGAUAGAGGUCGUGGACGAGGUUUUUAUGAUGACCGUGACAGAUAUGGUCCGGGCUUUAGGUCUCGCUCUCAAGAGGGGCGCUAUCGAGAAAGAGAUGACCGUGAUCGCGACAGCCGGUUUCUCGACGCUGACUUGCGCUCUCGUGAUCCUCGGGAUGACCGUGAUAUAAGAGAUCGCGAAAUUCGCAUAAAGCCUGAACGAGCUUCGCACGAACCACCACCGCCUCCGUCCAAAGAUGUCUCGCCCCCCCCUGUUGCACCAGCCGCGCCAUCCUUUGGGUCAGUACCCAAUAGAACGACAUCAGUAACUGAUGUUGGGUCUGCUACAGGCAAGGCGCCGCCAACAGGUCCUAGAGCGCUCAAGGAAGAGCGUGCAACGCCAUCAGGUUCUACACCAAAUGUCGAUACCAGACUACCACCUAUUGGGCCGUCCAGAUCGUCCUUCUUGGAAAUAAGCCCUGCCAUCCCUUCUGGUCCACGUUCUCAAACACGCCCUGGUCCGUCUAGUAAACAAUGGAUCAAUCCGAAUAUUAAGAAUCGGGUUCCUGAGUCGCCAAAACUAAGUAGAUCGGUAAGCACUGCUCAACCUUGGCCUACUGGGUUUCGUUCGGACGGCGCGCAAUCAGACCAACCGGUAGAUAGCAGUCAAAGACCGCGCAGCAGUGACGCAAAGACCGAUCCGCAACUGGAUUCACCAGUUAAGCAGCCUCAUGGGACCUAUAAUGCUGAACCAGGCGAGAUAUCCUCGAAAAGCGAUCAAAGACCGCAGUCUGCUGGGUCGCCGUUAAGUCGAGAAGAUAAACUCAAAGGUGUACCCGAUGUGAUCAAGGAUGAAGGCAGCGAACUGGGGCGGGGUGAUAAUUCUCACAGGGAUAUCAAUGAAGCCGAGGCACUACCUAAGAUAAACGAGACCGAGACUGAGACUGAGACGAAGCCGAAGCCGACAACGAACCUGGACCGACGACCUACUCUGAAAGUUCCACCGAAACAUGUUUCGGUGCCACGGAAAGAAAGACGGCUGCCUAUCUUAGAUCAAUCAUCGGAGUCAGACGAUGAAGAGUUUGGCGAUGUCAUUGAAUCUCAGAUGGCCGAGGUGGAAACGAAGCUAAAGCAGCUUGAGGGAGUAGAUGAUUUGGUGCCAAUGGUUGCUGUCCUUCGCUAUGCAACCAUAUCGCUUGAAGCGGUCACGAGGAUUAUGCACGAGCCCGAGGAUAUAGAAAAAAUGGUUAACCCUAUUCCAGAUGACGCAGCUCUUCCAGGAACGACAACCAUUGAGCCGGAACCUCAGGUCGAAAAGGUGCUAAGCCCUGAAGGAAGUAAAAAAGCUAAAGAGGUGAAAGAUGUGCAAGAUGUGAAAGACGCAAAAACGGGCAUCGAGAAAAAGAUUUCUUCCCCUCUCACAGAAGAACCGCACCCAACAGCUACAAAGUCAAGCCCAGAGCUUCCCCAACCAUCGAUCGAGCAAGAUACGGACUCACUAGUGCCUCACGAGGCACCGGCGAGGGAAACAAUACAGUCGAAGGAUGAUGAUGGGGAUGUGCCUAUGGAAGAUGUAUUAGAUUCUGCUGGUCCUCCAUUUGAAGAAGCCCAGGUACAAUCACGGGAGAUCAGUAAAAGGGGAUCAACCACCCCGUUCCCCGCUGAAGAAGAGGACGAUGAUGAAACCGAUAUUGAGGAUAUUGACUUACACAGUAUCGAGAUUGUUCGUGAACAUAUGACAACACCCCCCAUCGAAAGUCUUCCACACUUUGACGAGAUGCCAUGGUUCAAGGACGAGGCUUUCCUCAGAUCAAUGGACGCUCCACAACCUGAUCUUGAUUCUUUUAUCUCAGGGAGAUUGAAAGACGAAUCCUGGAACAGAACAACCGAAGAGACACAAAAGAAAAGCAUUUAUGACAAGAAUUACGACCGUUACCUACGAUUCACUAUGUCAGAUGAUCCUGUUGCCAUGAAGAGUCGUGAGAAAUUUACGAGCAUCUCUGGACUUGAACCUGCAACCCAGAAGCCAGGGUUUCACGAGGCCAAGCCCGAAGGCACAAGACGAAGCAGAUAUGCCUCUGAACGUGAUCUUGAAAGGAUCUUGGAAGAGUCUAGACGCGUUGAGGAUGAGAAAAGGGAACGACAAAUGCAAGCAGAGAGAGAGAGAUACAGGACCGAGAAGGAGGCAGUUUUGCCUCGUCAAUAUCAAACCACAGAAGAGAGGGAAAGAGAUUUCUAUCGGGACGAAACUGGUUUUAUCCCUGCCGAGAAGACUGUCUCAGCUUGGCAACUUCUCCCACCCGUGGACAAUUUUACAGAGGAAGAAACUGCAACAUUUGAGAAGGCUUAUCUUGAGUUUCCCAAGCAAUGGGGCCGAGUGUCUGAACCAUUGGCAAACAGAGACUUCGGAACUAGCAUCCAGUUCUAUUACCUGAAGAAAGAGAAGAGUGAGCUGAACCUCAAGGAGAAGCUCAAGAAGCGCCCAAGGCAACGUAAGAAGGGUGGACGGGGUAAACAGCGGUCUAGUGCACUGGUCUCUGAGCUUGGAAAUGGGGACAAUGAAAAUGAAGAACCCCAAGAAACUGGUGAAGGUGGCGAGAGGCGUCGGCCUCGUCGUGCAGCGGCUCCUACCUUUAACUCGGAGGCCACCCCUGCUACGGAUGGCGAAGGCGGAACGCCAGCUGGCACUCCUGGACGCCGGGGAGCCGGCACGAAGGGAGAUGGAAAUUCAGAUAAGCCAGAACGAAAGCCAAGAGGGCGCCGGGCCAUAAAGGAUAGAGAACCAAAACAACCCCGAGCCAAUCAGGCUCUUGCUGCAGCGCCGCCCUCAGGAGCUAAGGCUAAUCGCUCUCGAUCCAACUCUCGUGUUCAUGGGCCCGAGUGGACAAAUCAGCAGGUCCCGAGUGACGCCCCUCGGGUGCCGAUUCAAUAUGAGUUGGCCCCAAGCACUUCCGCUGUCCCACCCAUAGCUAUUCCCGCACCACUACAACAGGUGCAGCCGAUGCUUAGUCCCGAGAGAGGAGCACCUCCUCCCCCUCCGCCUCCUCCCCCGGUUCCGAUUUCCGUUGAAGCGAUGGGACCUCCACCGUUACGCCCAGAACCACCCCAGCCACCUCCGGUUGCUCCUCUUGAUCUUAACCAAGCGACAACACCAGACCGUAGAUCGGGCACGCAACCAUCUAGUUACUGGAGCGUACCUGAAGCAAACGAUUUCCCCCAGUUGCUUCGUUCGUUCGGAAGCGAUUGGGCUGCUAUCGCGGCGCACAUGCGAACAAAAACUUCAGUCAUGAUUAAAAACUACUAUACUCGCAAGAAAGAUGCCAAUAACUGGGAAGGUAUAGUGGAUGAGGCAGAUAACCGCAAAGCCCGGGGAGAGAAGAGGCCUGCGCCGCCAGCCCCAAGCUCUGGUGUUAAGAAGCGUUAUGAGUCUUCGAGUAACCGACCGCUUGCAGCUGCAGAUACGAUCAUGGAAGACGCUCCUACGUCAAAACCUGAUCAUCCACAAACUUCGCAGCCGACGUCUGGCCGUUUCAAUAUUCCAAUAGCAGCUCAGCCACAGCCAACACUCUUACAAUCGUCGUUUAUACCGGCACCUUCGCCUCAGAUGAUUCAGACUCACCCGAUCCCCAUUACCCCAUCCAGCUCGCAGUCUCUUGUCCAACCAGUGACGCAGACCAUGUCCCCUCGGCCUAUGAGGGCGCCCUUCUCAUUUGCUGAUAGAGAACGGGAGAUGCAGUCUGGCCGUGUUUCAUUAGGUCAAAAGUCUGCCCAGCCAGCACCUCCACCGGCACCAGAACCCCCGAUGGGAAGACAUCCUCUUCCUACUUCCAUGGUCGAGCCUCAGUCAGAGCGGUCUAAGGCUGACCACAAGGCUCCUAAGGAACAGCCUCGUCACCAAGAUCGCCAGCCGUUGCGCGUAAAACAGGAACCUGAUCUUAUUCACCAAUACGACCCUUACCCCCCUCAGGCCCAGACUGCCCGUAUGGUAUCUUCUCGCCCAGGGAGUGUGCCUUUAUCUCGACCUCCAGAUCCUCCUCGUGCAGUAGCGCCAGCGCCGCAUACACCUUUUGCGGCGAUUCUCCAACAACAUGGCCGGAGCUUAUCAGGUGAGGGUGUUCCCUCUCCACCAGCUCGUCCUCGACCCAUUUCCAACCUCUCCCGACCAGCGUCUGGGGCCAGCGGUGGGACGGAGCCUUUCAGCGCUCCACCGGCACAACCUACACCACCUAUUGUUGCUGCCCCACCAUCUCGCCCCCCAGAACGUAAGACGUCUAGCUUGAUGGCACUGUUGAAUGAUGACCCUCCCCCUCCACCACCUAAGAGGAUUGUCGAGGUUCCUGCGGCGAUGAAGCCGUCAUCGACACCCCCACCCCAGACGAAUCUCUCCCGCCCCCCGCCUCCUCCGCCGCCGUCCCAUGUGCGGAGGGAGUCGGGCGUCCCCGAUGCACAAAGUUAUGGUUAUGGGCGUAACCCGCCGGCGGCGCCUUCUUCAAUGCCACCUCUGAAGCCAUAUGCGACUGCGUCACCUCAAGCACAGUCUUUGAAUGCCCCACGACAUAUGCCGUUAGAGACAGCUUCAGAACGAGAUUAUUAUGGUGCUCGACCACGCUCGUUCCCUGCCUCACAACUUUCCUCAGCAACACGCUCGCCGCAGAGCACUCAUCACUACCUACCUCCGAACCAGGCACCUCAAAUGGCAUAUCAGCCCCAAGUGUCGUACCCGUAUGGUGCUCAAAUCCAGCCUCCUAAUGUCGCAUCUCCACCGCCUCAAUAUGGAGGUCAUCCUGCUCCUAGGGGCCACGAGCCUCCUCAGUCGAGCCGUGAUGUCCGAGACGUUAGAGACGUUAGAGAUGUUCGCGAUGUCCGGGAUGUCCGGGAUGUCCGGGAUGUCCGGGAUGUCCGAGAUGUUAGAGAUGUUCGCGAUGUUCGCGAUGUUCGCGAUGUUCGAGAUGUUGGCUGGCCUGGUGCGCAUCAGGGUCAUCCACUGCAACAGCAACAUCAGCAGCAGCAGCAACAACAGCAUCAACAACAACAGCAACAGCAACAGCAACAUCAACAGCAGCAGCUUCAGCAGCAACACCAGCAGCAUCAGCAGCAGCAUUCACAGCAUCAACAACACCAACAACAACCGCCACCGCAGCAACCGCCUCCUCAGCAGCAACCAACCUGGUCCUCGCACCCUCCGCAGCCGCCCAAAUCCACACAACCUCCGCCGGCUCAGUCAGCAUGGGCCGCUCAGCAUGCGCCUGCACCGAAACCACCUCCACCUAGUAGUUCGGUCCCACCACAGCCGUCUUGGGCUACGGCUCCACCGCCACCGAGAGGUCACGAUCCCAUGGCUCUACGUGAUGCCCGAGAUAUAUCCUCGAUAUACCGCGCCAGUGGCUCGAGAUGGUCUGUUAAGAAGCUAUACACCAAUUAGCUAUGACAACAGAACCUACAUGAACCCCCCUCCGCCUAAUCAAGAAAUUAUUGGGGGACAGCUACGCGAGCACCAGCAACAGUCCAUUUUGCAGCAGCAAUUGAGACCUCAGGAUCGACAUAGUCUAUAUGAUCGUCCACCGCCGCCGCCGGAUAGAUAUGGAAGAUAGAUAUCUACCUAGGUAUGGUUGCCGUGGCACGUUGAUGGCGCAGAAAGGGGAAUGAUGUAUCAGUUUCUCGGACGACCCAGGUAUAAAUUGUUUGAAUUAUACCAAUAAUGACCUAUAAAAAUUCAUCUGUUUAACUUUGUAAAUGAAACUGCAUUCCAUGGGCUAGAAGCAAAUAUAUGACCUUCUAUUGUUGUUCAUGUUGACGAUUCGCCCCUUCCAACUCGUCUAACGUCGUCGAAGAGAUGUCAAUUGUGUUUUCUAAUCACGUACUUUAUAUCGAUUGAAGCAUUAUGACUUGAGUCGGAGAAACUCCAAUACAAAUAGCCAAUCCAAUUGUAUGGAUUGGCUUUCACUUCCCUUUUCAUUCACUUCACAAAUUUGCAUGUUCAAUUCUAAUCUUGUAUUUUAAACAAUCGAUUCUUUUUCCUUUCUUUUUAUAACACCCCCGUAGACGAGAUCAUUCUAUUCGACGCCCGCUUCCUUUUUUUUGCACGAUUCAUGGUCUUCUUUUGAGGUGGAGAAUGCAUGGAAGAAGAGGAGGAGGAGGAGGAUGAAGGGAUUGGUAAGAGGGGGGUUUAA